AUGGCUCUGCUCGUCGUCCCGCUGCUCCUGCAAACCGCGCUGGUUUUGGGCUCCAACUACGGCUACGUGGAGUGGUCGGACAAUGACCGAGACGACAAGAACCCGCCGGUGUUCAGCACCCAGAACAUCAACAGGGAGCCGCCCCACCUGCACCCGACCUACCACCCGCUUCCCGCCACCGAGCGCGCAGUCGUGGCGCACAAAAUCGAGGAGGACCUGCCGAGGGUGGUGACCGCCUUCCUGCACACCGGAGACUCCUCGGCGCUCCGGCAGGUCAACUGUUCGCGGAGGUACGAGCUGAGCAGCCUGAGAGGCGGCCUGCACGUCGCCUCCCACUACUCCCUGCACAGCAUCCUGGACACCGUAGCGCACGCCACAAACUUCCUGAACAUGAUCCUGCAAGCCAACAGGUCCCGGGAGCACACCUUGCGCAGGGACAUCCACUGGUACCACGCUCUGGUGCAGAGCAUCCUGGAGGGGGACCCCAAAAUCCACAGGGCGGUGGUGACCCUGCACACGGACGCACCGACGCCGGGGCCCCACGUCUUCCUCCAGGCCACGAGGACCGACAAGGAGGUGGUGCUGCAGGACCUGUCCGGCUCCGCGCACCGGCACCUGAAGGGCAGGGCUCCGGAGUCCGAGUGGUUCAAUGAGUUUCGGGACGGCAGGAGGCCACACGUGCACAGGAGGGUUCAGGAGGCGUCUGGCUCCAGGAGUGGAAGUUACCUUCUGGACAAAAACCAGAUCAAGUGGUCUGCGCCCUACCUGGAGUGUGAACACGGAGCGUUUGUGCCAUACUGGCUGCUCACGCUGUCUGCGGGCUUCUAUGGACUCAAGAGCAACUCUGCGCCAGAGUUCAGAGGUGUUGUUCGUGUGGAUGUGAACCUGCAGGACGUGGACAUUGACCAGUGCUCCAACAGUGGCUGGUUCGCUGGAACCCAUCGCUGUAAUCUCACCAGUAUGGAAUGCACUCCCAUCGUGGGCCAUGGAUUUGUGUUGGACAAGUACAAGUGCCAGUGCAGGAGAGGAUUUUACCAUCCGAGCCGAGUGGCGCUCAAUGGCUUUAAAAGUAAGGAGCAGAGCCGAGACGAACCCUCCGACACGUCCAGUAAGUGCCUGCCGUGCCGCGACGGCUGCCCGUACUGCCGCGACGACACCCCCUGCCUGGUGCAGGAGGACGGGGCUCUGCGGCUGGCUGUGGCCUCCUUCCAGGGUCUGUGCAUGGUGCUGGACCUGGCCAGCAUGGUGGUGGUCUACCACUUCAGGAGGAACAAGAGCAUCCGUACAUCUGGGCUCAUUCUGCUGGAAGCCAUCUUGUUUGGGGCGUUACUGCUCUACUUCCCGGUGAUGAUCCUGUUCUUCAAUCCCAGCGUGUUCAGAUGCGUCCUCCUGAGGUGGGUUCGUCUGCUGGGUUUCUCCAUCAUGUACGGCACCGUCAUCCUCAAGCUGUACAGGGUGCUGAAGGUGUUUCUGUCCCGCACGGCCCAGAGGACGCCCUACAUGACCAGCUGGCGGGUCCUGCGGCUGCUGGCGGUGAUUCUGUUGGUGGUGCUGUGGUUCUUGGUGGCCUGGACCUCCGCCGUGUGCCAGAACCCCGAGCUGAGCCGGGCCCUGAUCGCCGCGGGCCUCACGCCGGAGGGACUGCAGUUCAGCAUGUGUCUGCUGGACCGAUGGGACUACAUGAUGGCAGUCGCUGAGUUCCUGUUCCUGCUGUGGGGCGUCUACCUGUGCUACGCCGUUCGCACCGUCCCCUCGGCCUUCCACGAGCCGCGCUACAUGGCCGUGGCCAUCUACAACGAGCUCCUCAUAUCGGCCAUCUUCCACAUCAUCAGGUUCUCCCUGGUGCCGGGACUCCACCCAGACUGGAUGCUCAUGCUGUUCUUCGCUCACACUCACCUGACUGUGACCGUGACUCUGGGCCUGCUGCUGGUUCCAAAGUUCUUCUCCAAAGGGACCCAGGCCAGGGACGACAUUGCCACCGAGGCCUAUGAGGAGGAGCUGGACAUGGGAAGAUCUGGCUCGUACCUCAACAACAGCAUCACCUCGGCCUGGAGCGAACACAGCUUGGACCCCGAGGAUAUACGGGACGAGCUGAAGAAGCUUUAUGCCCAGCUGGAAGUCUACAAACGUAAGAAGAUGCUCGCCAACAACCCUCACCUUCAGAAGAAGCGCAACUCCAAGAAAGGCCUGGGCCGCUCCCUGAUGAAACGGAUAACGGAGAUCCCGGAGACCAUGCACAUCCACCGGCAAUGCAGCCGGGACGACGGCAGCGAACACGGCAGCAACCGCAGCACCUUGAGGAGGAAUCCGUUUGAGCCGAGCCACCACGGAAAACCUCGAGAUGACUCCCUGAAGAACAAAGUCAUGGGCUUGAAGAAGUCCCUCAGCUACGACCACGUCUGCGACCAGGAUGAAGAAACCGGAAGCCAAACCGGCUCAGCUGCAGGAGACAAGAUGACCCCUGUCGGAGGCGGUGGGGAAGGAUCUCUUCUGGGUUCCCUCAUCGGCCGCAAACAUGCCAAGAAGCAGCUGGAGCCGGCUCCGACUCCACCGAGGCUGGAACCGGCCGAGUCCACCGAGUCCGUGCCGCUGUUCUGGAAAUCAGCCAGCGCUCACAACCUGACGCACGAGAAGAAGCCUGUGCACCUGCGCACCUCCAUCAUGCAGAAGUCUCUGAGCGUGAUCGCCAGCGCCAAGGAGAAGAUGCCGGGACUCACCAACAAGACUCAGAGCGUGGAGGACGCCAGCAAGAAGGGCCUGAAGGGGCAGGAGGGGAGGAUGCUGUCGGAGGUGGACGAGACGCCGGAGCAUUACCCCAAGAUGAUCAUCAGCCAGUCGGUGGAGUACUCCAAGACACCCAUGAAGAUGGGCAUCAUGAAGCAACAGGUGAGUGGCAGCCAGCCGUCCAUUUGCUCUGAGACCGGGAGGAACCUGUACGAUGUGUCCGAGGUUUGUCCCUGGGAGCUGGAGGAAGCUCAGACUCCCUCUGAAACGAAAACCCAGAAGCACGUUUCCAUCGCUCCUGGAGAAACCACCGCUGGAGGCCGCAGAGGCAGCAGCAGCUCCGGAAUCAGCAAAGGCAGCCGAUCCCAGCAGAGGCAGAAAGCCGGCCAGUCUCCUGCCAACAGACGGCGCUCCAAAGACAAAGGAGGCGACAGGGACGAAGGAAGGGAACCUCGGAAGUCUCGGCCUCCGAGGUCGCCGCUGCCUCUCAAGCCCGACGUGUGUCCCUGGGAGUUCGAUGAGCAACCCAUGGUGGGGGGAGAUUCAGAUUCCCUCUCUCCAGACAGAAUCCGGCGUAAAAAAAGCGUCACCCCCACUGACGGGAAACCCAAAGGGCUCCACUCGGAUCACUCCAAGUCCACGGGGAGCCUGCUGCAGCCUCCGUCUCUGAUGGUGGAGAUCUGCCCGUGGGAUUACAGCAGCCCGCCGUCGCCCAAGCAGGAGAAGAUCUGCAGCAGCCCCACGGCGCACAAGAAGAAACGGAAAGGCUCCUGCUCGUCCAACCACAAAGCCGAGAAGGAGAAGGGGAGGGAGAAGAGCAAAGAAAGGCGGAGCUCCUCCAGCAAGCCGCCGUCGGAGAGGAGGCGGGUCAGCCAGUCGUCGGAGUGCAGCGGGCUGCCGUCCGAGCGGCGGAGGAGCUCCACCAGAGACCCGGAGCUGAUGGAGAUCAGGAGGGCCGAGGUUUUCUCCCGGGAAGCCGAGCACUCACACACCGGCUUGGCUCAGACUAAAAAAUCACCAGAGAAGAAGAAGGAGGGCUCUUUGAGUACUAGUUACAAACCUGCAAAAAUGGUUGAUGUUUGUCCCUGGGACUUCCCGGAGCAAGACUCUGGGAAGAGGGCAUGA